AUGGAAUUUGAAAAGAUCCCAUCACUUCCAGAUGCACAUCAACAAAUACGUUUAGGUGAUAUUCAAGUAUCAGGACAUAAAUGGACAGCUGCUAUUGAAUAUUAUUUACGUGCUAUUGAAUAUUUCCAGACAAUACAGAAUACUUUACGUGAUGAUAGUCUAAUAUCAAGUAUUCAAGCUCAAAUAGUGCAAUGUGAGAAGGCAAUUCAUCUUUGUCGUUUAAAAGAUUGUUCCGAACAGGCAAUAAAAGCUGAAUGUCAUUCAAAAUUAAGUCGAGCUCAUUCAGUAUCGAAUAUGGAACCAUCAACAAAACCAACUCGAGUCAUGCAACGACAUAAUACAUUACAAUUAGAAAAUAAUGGUCGUGAUGGUAUGGAUUCAUUUGCAGCACUAAUAUUUCCAAACAAUAAUCGUAAUAUUCAUCGUUCAUCGAAAACUCCACCGCCAAUAAUAGCAAAGAAAAAUCAGAAAAAUGAUUCACAAAAAAUGGAAGAAUUAAAAACAGGUUAUGAAGCAACAAAAACUCAUUUAAAAGUUGCUUUCGAUGAAAUUGAAAGAUUAAAACAUGAAAAUAAUAUGUUACGUAUGCAAAAAGGUACUAAUCCAUUACAAGAGCCAAUUCAUUACAAAGUAUUAUCAAGUAAUUCCGAAGCUAUGGACAAAGAAACGCACCAAGAAGAAACAGAAAGUGAACUUGAAGCUACAUUAUGA